AUGGACCCAUACAAUCAACCAUAUAGCUUUCCGCAGCAGACCCCAGGGCCUCCUCAGCCGCCUUGGACAGCUCCUGCUCGAAGGUCAGGAUGGGCUGACCCAAGGUUUUCGCAGCAUCAGCCUCAAUCGCCCGUCUCUCAUUACGAUUUGGGUCCAAACGCGUUGGGACCACCUCUGCCACCUCCCCCUCCCCCUCCGCCUCCGCCUCCGGCUCAACAUCCACCACCACCGCAGUUUGAUACAUCGGCAUGGGGCGUGCGAUACAACCAAGCAGUAGCUCAGCAUUAUGACUCGAAACCUCCUCUCCCUGCGCGGCCGCCGAGUGCCACCGGUCGAAUCAGUCAACAGCCUGACCACGCUGCCGCGAAUAACUCUUCUCAGUCUGCGCCUCUGAACGCUGGCAGUUACCAAACACCACAAUCCUCCCAGCAGUUCCCGACGACAUGGAGCGAUCCAUACUAUGCGCACGCACAUCCAGACGCUUCAACCUUCACCCCACCGCCGCCGCCUCCUCCUCGUCCGGCAGAAUAUCAAGCAUUGAUUCAGGCUCAACACAACACUCCGCAUCAAGAAUAUUCCCAAUUACCUCCCUCUCAUCACUAUAGUCCACAACUGCAGAGUGGAUGGGGUGCACAGCCUAUUACAUCUACGGCUCCUACAUAUCACCCGACAGCGCCGGCAUCGCAGCCAGUUUCUGCUACAAUCGAUGGCCCGCUCGUGUCGCCUGUUGAGUCGAGCCAUGGGCAUUGGGGCGGACAGAAGCACCCAUCUAUCGCACAGACCACGAACAAUAACCAAGGCUCCGAGGGGGCAUAUGAAAGGCCAGGACAUGCUCCAGCACUCAGUUUUGGUGGGCCAUCUGAUUGGGAGCAUUAUGAGCCUGGCGUUCCCCCAGAGGAGACACCCAUCAGUCCAGCUGCCACGCCGGGAGACCAUUUCCACCAUACCACAGGCCCUUUAUCGACUCACCCAAAUGCCUUGCUGAACCCCGGACCGAAUGCUUCCGAUCCCGGAACUCCAGCUGAGAUAGGUGCUCCGAGUCCCAUAACAUCUAAAAGGAAACAAUCACAUGCUCACUCGCCCAACCCCCCAAUCACGACAUCCCUGUCGCAUAUCAGUAGCAGGUCAUCCUCUCCUAGUCAGAUUAGUGGUCAUGUAUCUACCAACGGAAGUGGAAAUUAUGAUAGCAUCAGCCAGGCCUUGAACGCGCCUCUACAAACGCGACCCAUUCAAGAACAGGCCGAUCGGCCUGACUCGCGCUCUUAUCCACCCGUUACCGCUCUCGAGACUCCCACCAGCGUGAAAGUGAUUGAUCCGUAUGCUGACCUCGAACCGGAAUUUAAGGCAUCAUUGGUCAGAUACGCCGCAAUGUUAAGGAAGGAGUCAGCGGCUGAGUCUGAGGAAGAGAAAUUCAAGAUCUUCCAGGCCUCCGUUCUGAAGGAGCUCCGUCUUAGAAGUUUGCUUUACGGAGUCGAGUUGACCCACGAAACAAAGGAGGCCACGAAGGCUGCUAAGCUGACAGAUAUGCAGGCAGCUCUGCCGACUGCCGUUGAACCAACACCCUUAGGAGGGUCAGGUGAGGAGGCCAACGUGGGUCAGAAGGCCGCUGAAGCGCCAGUCAUGGCAGUCCGGAAAGCACUCUCGCCACGAACAGUCUCAAAAGAAGAAUCUACUUGUCAUCCUGUCGCUGGAAAUGCCAUCCCGGCAGAGCAGUUGAAGACCGAAUCUGUCGAGGCGAUAUACGAUAAGCCUCCUGCCCAAAGGCCAUCUAUCAGCACAACCGUUGACGCCGUUCCCAGUCUGAACCCUGAACGUACAAGUGGAGCCAAUACGGAUUUCGAUGAAGAAGCAUACAGUCCUGGGGGCCGUCCGAGAAUAAAUAAAGUCCAACAUGUCGCUAGAAGAGAGUCCCAGUCUCCGGUGACCACUCCUCCCCAGGACCACUACCGCCAAAACUUUUCGGCUUCUAUUUCGUCUCCCAGUGUUGAUGCCCCCAUGGUUAUCGAGGAUUAUUCCACACCCAAUCCACCUUCUCCAGGCGCGAAUGCGCCGAUGCUUGUCUUAGCUGAGCCACCUAGAGCAGCAUUACGACAACAGCCUCAGAAUCAAAAGCCGGUCGCACCCAUCAAAUUCGAGCCUCCUCGGCCUGUAUACACUCCUUUCCGCUAUAGUGCGGCUGCUCAGGACGAGAAGGGCAGAUCUCUUCAGCCCGCAGACCAGGCGUAUUCCUCCUUACGGCACUCGGUUGCUGACUCAGGUCGGCUGAUGGCGCAAGAUACCUUGUUCGCCCCAGCCAGACCAUCUUCAGCCAUUGGGAGAAAGGAACAUGAAGAAGCUUUCAUUGGCUUGAUCAGGAAGCAGAGCAUGGCUGUUAGGCAGAAGACGCCGCGAGGAACUAAUACAUUCUGGCCAGGGGACAACGCCACGAAACCCGAACCGCCUCUGGCCAUAAGGGUCGGGACGCCAGCCAAUGCGCAAGCUAGCCCCCCUCUGAAACAAGCAACCACAGCUCUGCAGUUUCUGCUACCCAGCGACCCGUCUUUGAAUGCUCUCCAGCAUCCCAAACUGAAAUCCAUCAAGAACAAGAUUGACGCGGUGCCCGACCAAUUCGAGUUCAUCCGCGAGGCCGUAGUGGAGUGGGAUCGGACCAACCGAGAAGUCCGGAAGCAACAGGAUGCGGAACGCCGAGAUCGCCAGGAAAGUUCAGAGGCGCACAUCGACGCCCUCUUCAAUGACAACGAGAUCGGGUAUGCGGAUAUCGGGGAUCUAGAGGCGGAGUUCAAAUUAGCAGAAGCAGAGAGACAGUAUCUCGAAAACAAAGAAGAGUUGGAAUCUUUUACGGCACAAGUCUUCACUCCAGUCACGGAAAGGCUUGAGACAGAAAUUGCCAACUUGACAACGGCUUACGUCCUAGCUAUUGACCUUCUUGACCUCGAAACUGUGUCCGCCAGUCAGUAUUUCAAAAGUGCCAAAGAGCAGGCGUUGAUGUCUGAAGUCAUGAGUUGCCUGUUGUCCCUCUUCAAUAAGAUUGAGACAAGGCACCGAAAGGUUGCUGAGGCUCAUGUGGAGCGGGAAAGACGGCGCAAACGUCUAGAGCUGACGGUGCUCUACACGAAUGGCGAUACGGCCGGUGUGAAGAGAUUGGAAAUGGAUUUCGCGACCGCCGAGAAAACCCAAGUGCUACAUGAAGCCCGCGAAAAGGACAACAGAGCCAACAAGUUGGUGGAUGCCUUUGACAGAGCUACUGUUCGUGGACUGGGAGACAACCAGAUGUUUAUUGAUGAUAUCUUUGCCAAAUUGCAGGAGGUCAAGAGGGCGAUGCUCUCUGCAGAUCCUGCUGCUAAAGAUCAACUGUAUGAGAGUGCCGGAGCGCGGGAAACACUGUCGUUGGCCCAGGAAGUGGUGGACACAGUGAAGGCCGACUCGCAAAAGCUUCUCGCUUUGUCGAACGAGGCGGAUGGUCUUCUGAACGAAGCCGACUACGCGGCAUCCGUGGCCGAGGCUCGAGUGACUAAUGCGGACAAAGCGACGUACAGCAACCUCGAAACCGAGAAAGCCAAAGAAGACACCAAGCUGCUUGAGGAGAUGAAUAGCCGAAUCAGCAGCGUCACCAAGGGACCAUCAGAAGCAAUCGCCCUGAUCCGGGAGCUCAUCGAUCGGCUCGGAGAGGACCCAGAGCAUCAAGAGAGGAUCAGGAAGGCUUUGGAAGCGGCCAAGCAACGGAACGCUUCAACGGUCUCAGCACUGCCUUGA